AUGCCGUCAGCGUCUCGUCAAGAAAUCGUAUUGGUUCCCUGGGACCCCAGCUCAGUAGAGCAUGUAAAUCGUAUUAGGGAUCAGAGAAUCCAGUGCGGUUGGGAUCAACAGAGGGUUGAGGGAUGGAAGGAAAAGCAGACCAUAGGAGAAAAGUGCAUCUUUUGGAUCACACUUCAGCCCGAGGAUCCUGGAACUCGUGAAUCUCUUGAACUUCACUUCAAUUCAUUCCCCGCUGAAAAGGACCCAUUGGUAGACACAGCUUCAAGCCUCCGAGGCAAGCCACGAACGCCAUUACACACCAAGUUUUACCCAGUUGGUCACAUCUCACUCGAUCAAAUCAAUGAGAAGAAAGGAGAUUUUCUUCUUGACCUUCCUGAAGAAGGAGUCUAUUGGAUCAAGACCUUUUACGUUUCGAAAGCACUGCGAAACAAAGGCAUUGGACGUGCUGCCAUGGACCUCAUUGAGUCAAUGGCCAUUGAUGAACCACUAUGUGCCAAGACACUGGCCAUUGAUACUGCUCAAAAGGAUACACAGAAGAGACUAUAUAGAGAAAAGACUGGUUUGGAGCUAGCUUCUACAAAUCAAGAAUGGUACGAGCGACGUUUUUAUCGAUUGAUACAUACGGAACCAAACUUUUACACAGAUCCUAAAGAGCCUCCGGUCGAUGCUGUAUUUCUGAGAAAGGAUAUUACAUAG